ACUUAGCACUGAGAGAGAGAGAGACAGCCUGCUGUUUCAGCGUUCAGACCAAUUAAAGAAAAUACGGAAUACUUCAAGUUGCUCGUCUCCAGGAGUUGCCAGUCGGAGCAUUCUGUUGCAUACAAUCGCACCAUCCGAGCGAUUCAUAAAGUGGAUUUUUUUCAGGUUCAAUAAAAAAGGCGGAAAGUGGCGGCAACUCAGACCAGAAAUAACCCAAGCUUGUGUGCUUUUCAAGAUAAAGGACCCGAGCCAUUUCACACAGGAUCGACACGGUUUAUUAAUAUUUUUAGAAAACAUCAAUUUCAGUGGAUUCUUGACUUUUCCUAGAUGACUUUUAUGACUGGGAUUUCAACUGUCUGUGGCGGAGAGUAGCUAACAAAGAGGGUCCUGGGAUUGUUUCUCUGUCACAGGAAGUGGACCCACAAUGCCCCUGGUCGCUCUGUGGUCGGUUCAGACCCUGGUGGUUCUGACACUGUGGGCCCUGGGUUCUCAGAGUGAGACUCACUCCACCCCGCGUGUCUUCCUGUCCUUCAAAGAGCUGAGGUCCACUGGCACAGCCCACCAUUUCUCCUUUCUGCUCAACUCCACUGACUAUCGCAUCCUGCGCAUGGACGAAGACCACGACCGCAUGUAUGUGGGCAGCAAGGACUAUAUCCUCUCCCUGGAUCUGCACGACAUCAACAAAGAGCCCCUCAUCAUCCACUGGCCAGUUCCCCCACAACGGAAAACUGAGUGCGUCUUAUCUGGGAAAGAUACCAACGGAGAAUGUGGGAACUUCAUCCGUUUGAUCGAGCCGUGGAACCGCACUCACCUGUAUGUCUGUGGAACUGGAGCCUACAAUCCCGUGUGCACCUAUGUCAAUCGAGGACGCAAGCCUCAGGCCGCAUUGCACCUGCAGACGGCACCGCUCGGAGGAAGGGCCAGCAGAGCCGCGGACCUUGGCGCCACGGCCGAUCCAAUGGGAGCGCAGGAAUACAUAUUCCACCUGGAGCCGGGCAGAGUGGAUUCUGGGAAAGGGAAGUGCUCCUAUGACCCCAAACUGAACAGCGUCUCUGCUUUGAUCAAUGGUGAGCUGUAUGCUGGGGUCUACAUUGACUUCAUGGGAACAGAUUCUGCGAUUUUCCGGACUCUUGGGAAGCAGACGGCAAUGAGGACAGACCAGUAUAACUCCAGAUGGUUAAAUGACCCUGCAUUUGUCCACGUGCACCUCAUUCCUGACAGUGCCGAAAGGAACGAUGACAAGCUCUACUUCUUCUUCCGGGAGAAGUCUUCAGAGAUGGGCCAGAGCCCCAUAGCCCAGUCUCGUAUUGGCCGGAUCUGCCUGAAUGACGACGGUGGUCACUGCUGUCUGGUCAACAAGUGGAGCACCUUCCUGAAGGCGCGGCUCAUCUGCUCUGUGCCAGGGGCUGACGGGAUCGAGACGCACUUCGACGAACUCCGGGACGUGUACAUUCAGCAGACUCAGGACACAAAGAAUCCAGUCAUCUAUGGGGUCUUCUCUGUGUCUGGGUCUGUGUUCAAGGGCUCUGCAGUGUGCGUAUACUCCAUGGCCGACAUCCGCAUGGUGUUCAACGGGCCCUUCGCUCACAAAGAGGGACCCAACUACCAGUGGGUGGCCUACAACGGGAAGAUCCCGUACCCCCGCCCCGGCACGUGCCCAGGAGGGACCUUCACCCCAAACAUGAAAUCCACCAAGGACUACCCAGACGAGGUCAUCAACUUCAUGCGCAACCACCCAACCAUGUACAAUGCUGUGUACCCAGUGCACAAGCGCCCCCUAGUGGUGAGGACCAAUGUGGACUACGAGUUCACCACCAUUACCGUUGACCAGGUUACAGCAGCAGAUGGGAACUACGAGGUGCUGUUCCUAGGGACCGAUCGAGGGAGUGUUCAAAAGGUGAUCGUCCUGCCCAGAGACGACCUGCAGACCGAGGAGCUGGUGCUGGAGGAGGUGGAGGUGUUCAAGGUUCCAACUCCAAUCACAACAAUGAAAAUUUCAUCCAAAAGGCAACAGCUGUACGUGGGGUCAGCGGUGGGCGUGACUCACCUGGCCCUGCAUCGCUGUGACGUGUACGGAGAGGCCUGCGCUGACUGCUGCCUGGCCCGCGACCCCUACUGCGCCUGGGACGGCAAGUCCUGCUCACGCUACUCUGCAUCUCAGAAGAGGCGUAGCCGGAGACAGGAUGUGAAGUAUGGCAACCCGAUUCGGCAGUGCAGGGGCUACAAUUCUAAUGCCAAUAAGAACACACUGGAGAUGGUGCAGUAUGGGGUGGAGGGCAGCAGCACCUUUCUGGAGUGCCAGGCCAGGUCUCCUCACGCCUCCAUUAAGUGGCACCUGCAGAAGGACAACAGUGACAGGAAGAAGGAGAUGCGGUCGGACGGGCGUGUGCUGAGGACAGACCAGGGUCUGCUGCUCCGCUCCCUGCAGCCCUCUGACUCCGGCCUGUACCAGUGCACGGCCACGGAGAAGAACUUCAAGCACACGCUGGUCAAGCUCCAGCUGGUGGUGCUCUCAGGCCGCGCCGUCAACAGCAUCCUGAUGGAGACGGGCAGGCCCGGGGCAGCUCCGCUCCAGACCAGCCCGUGGACGCCCAGCGCCGGCCAGUACAAAGACCUUCUGAACAUCCUGAGCCAGCCUGAAAUGAGCCUCAUCAACCAGUACUGCCAGGACUACUGGCACUACAGCAAUGGCAGCCCUAAGGACCCCGCACUGGGGGCUAUUAAAGGGAAGGACCUGAAGGAGCUGAAGAAACCACGAAACCGGCGGAAUCACAAUGAGCAAACCGGGACGCAGGAGACAUGAGGGGACCCCGCAUACACUCAACACCGGAAAGACUCAAAUAAGAGGAACAGAGGAAAUGGAGAGAACAAAUCUUUAAAACUACAAGCAAGAGACACAAACGUGAAAAGCGACAAUUACGUUCCUUUUAACAAUACGAAAAUAAGAUACACAGUAUUUAUUGUAGGUUGUACAUAGUAUCAUUCUGUGGAUUUCUUUGUACUUAAAUAGAAAGGCUCUUUGUGUAUAGGUACCUUCUGGGCAAAUAUUAUUGUUUAUUAUUAUUGUUAUUUUUAUUAUUAAUUUUAUUAUUAUUUCAAAAAAAUGUUUUCCAUCUUUUAAAGUAUCUUUUGACGUCAACAUUUCUGUUACAUUGUAAGAGUAUACUGAAGCGUACAUCGUUUGAAAUGAACUAAAAGGGUUAUUAUAAACAGGGAACAGGGACUGGGUGAGGUGGGUGGAGUAUGGCAGGGAGGGUCUUCUGCUUUUGGCUGGAACCAUGGCUGUGUUCCAAAAAACAUACUUGCAUACUACCUAGAUUGCAAAGAAUUUUGUAGCUGACCAACAAUAUUUGGGAGAAUAGCACCAUCCAUGAAGCAUAGUUUCCAUAUUUUUGUUUCCCAGAAGUCAUUGCAAAGUGACACUGUUUAUUCAAAUUCAAGGCAGAAAGCAGUGAUUUUUGUACAAGUUCUAUUAAAGUGGGUUUUGAUUAAAGUAUUAUGAGGUAUGUAUAGCUUCUUUUGAAAUAUGUUGGUUCAUAUACUCAGUAUAUAUAUACAUAGGUCAAAGUUCAAAGUGCAAGGUGAUUGUUUGAAAGUGCAUCCUAAAUUGAGCCAGUUUGUUUCCAUACUACACAUUGGUAUACUUUAUGGCUCACACUUUCCAAGUAUACAGUAUGCAGGUAUUCAUUUGGAACACAGCUCAUGUUGCUGAGUAUGAUAUGCUUCCCAUAAUUCCCUUGAAGCAGUGACUUGUGAUGUGCAGGUAUGCAAUGUCUUUUCACCAAUGGGUUCCCAAGACUGGCCUUGCGGGUCAGUCCACACACAUCACCAUAUUGUAUGUGUCUGUGUUAUUAUAUACCAGUAUCUCACACAAUACCAAACCAUUUUUCUGAAAUACUUUGCAAGCAUUGAGUUGUGUGCAUCACAAUUAAUGUGUAUUUCAGAAUGUGUUGUUGACCUUUAUCAGCACUAUUUUGUUGGUCUUGACUGUUUCUUUAUUUAGUUUCUCAAGGCUUCCGAGCACAGACUCUUCCACCCUGAUUUGCGAUGAACACAUCGCUACUGUGUAUAUAUUCUACUUCUUAAUAUUGUACAUGUGAGGCCACAAAGGGUUCGAUUAGCGCAUUGUUUCCUAGGCAACAAAUGUUUGCAGAUGUUGGGGAUUUAAAAAUAGUGUUUAUGAAAAACAUAAUUACUUGUAAAACUCCAAAAUAUCAAUGCAUAGCUCAUCGAUCAUUAUAAAUUGUCAGAAUAGGAUCACAUUACAUAGUUCCACUUGUCUUCAAUGAUGAUUAUAUAAUAGGGAAAAAUAAGUUCCUUCUUCCAGCUUGUACAUAGAGUUCUGUCAGACAAAAGGAAUGGAAUAAGGUUUACAGGGAUCUGAAUUAGGGGUUCGUAUUGCCUCGGUGUACAACAGGUUUGUGUGGGUACAUUUUCAGUGUAUGCACCGUGUGAAGAAAUUUAGAUCGAUAACAAUUUGCACAUUACUCAACUCCACUUCUGUAGCAAUGCAGUUUAAUACCACCUCAUCCUGUAAGUACACAGCAACAUAAAUUCAAUGUCUUUGGGAAGUAGCAGAAGUUUGGAGGAGUUGGGAUGAUAUUACUUUUGCCGGAAAGUAGAAUCAGAUGUAUUUUGAGAAAGAGAGUGAAAAUAUAUAUUUUUUAACUCAUGUUAAAAUGAUUUCCAUUGAUACAGAUAUUCAGUGUGCAAAGGGACAGAUACUCUGGAGUGGAGGGAAGAUUCUGGCCUUCAGCACAGAAAAGCUCUGCAAUAAUUUCUAACAUCUUCCUGACCAAUGAAUUUUUCCUCUCUAAAGAAUAGGGAAUUCCCAUACCUCCAUUGUGGACACUUUAGCUCAGCCUGGGGAAAAAAAACAUGUAAAUAUACAACAGAAAAUGACAGUGUGUGACACACCGUGCCACCAACAUAUGGGGAAGCUUAUUUUUCAUUGUGUGCAUGAAAUGUUUAUGUACUGUAUAUAAAUAUGAAACUAAAAAGCCCAUGUUGCUGUUUUUUUUUCAUUUUCCUCAAGUAACAGGAAAUGGUGAACUAUUUGUGUGUGAAUAAUGUCAACACUAUGCCUGAGGGGGCAGACUCAAGGUGCUAAAGGAAUGUACUUUAGUGGAAGAUGAUGCAGUACCUUGAAAUAAAGACACUUUUUUAUACUCUCCUGUUCAGCGUGGGACAUCAUUAGCUCCCGUCUUACCAAACGGUCCCUGUCUUCCUCUAGUUCAAACAGGGAGCUACAACAAACAGUUGUACAAUUUGUUGAUAUUUUUAAAGCGUGUGUCUUUUUGUUUUUUUGUUUUUUUAUGGUUUAUUUAGGAGGACUGUUAAUUUCUGAAAAAGACUAAAUGCACAGGUGAUGUUAUUGUAAUGACUUCCUCUUUCAUUGUUGAUGUUGCUGACUAAUAAAUUAAAGCUCUAUAUUUUAUAGAAAUGGAGUGUAAUAUUUAUAUCUGA